AUGUUCGAGGCUCCGUACGGUGGCCUGACGUUCGAGGCUCCCGUCUUUGUUUCUGUCAGUCUACAUGUCCAUGUGCCCCACACCUCCACCCUGUCCAAACACCCCCCUGUGGCCCUCCACCCCCCUGUGGCCCUCCAGCCUCCUGCAGAAUGGAGGCACAUCGAGAGCGCGCAUUCUCUGGCCAACCCGAGCUCCAGAGUCCCCGGGUGGAUGAUGGACGCGGACGCAGCGCACCUGGAGCAGAGCGCGGACUUCAGCGCCUUUUCCCCGGACCACAGGCGCCUCACGCGGCUCUACUGCAUGAAUGGCGGACACCACCUCCAGCUCCUCCCCGAUGGGACAGUGCAGGGGCAGAGGGACGAUGGGGACGUGCACACCUUUUUGAAGCUCAGAGCUGUGGACAUUGGUGUUGUGGUCAUCUUUGGGCAGGAAGCUGGACUGUACCUUGCCAUGAACAGUGAGGGGCGUUUGUACAGCUGUCCAACUGUGCACGAGGAAUGCCAUUUCCUGGAGAAGCUGGAAGAAAACCACUACAACACAUAUCGAUCCAAAAAAUACAAAGAUAUGAACUGGUUUGUGGGUCUGAAAAAGAACGGAAAACCCAAGUUGGGCCCAAGGACCCACAUCGGACAGAAAGCCGUGUUCUUUCUCCCCAGACAAGUGCACGACUCAGAGAAAUAAACUCAGCAAUGAAUGUAAAGUAUAACACAUUAACACCAAAGCAGUGAAGACCAGUAACCAAACACUGCCUGUCUCUGUACUACUGCUGCUACUACUACUGCUACUACUACUACUAGUACUACUAACCCACUAACCCACUAACCAA